AUGGUGUUAUCAUAUAUGUCAAGCUUCUUGGGCUUUGGCUCCGCAUCCACGACUGAGGAAAAGAAGGCAGCUGUUAGAGCUCUUCCAGCCUCCUGGUACAUCUCUCAGGAAAUGUACGAGCUCGAGAGACGAGCGAUAUUCUCCAAAAAGUGGCUUCUUACCACUCAUAAGUCGAGACUUCCCAACAAUGGAGACUGGCUACGAUAUGAUGUUGCUGGCUUCCAAUUCGUUAUUGCCAAAGACCGUACCGGGGCUAUCAAUGCAUUCCACAACAUCUGCAGGCACCGUGCCUUUCCAGUUGUGACUGAAGAGAAGGGAAACAACAGCAUUCUGGCUUGCAAAUAUCACAACUGGUCUUAUGGCCUCAAUGGCAAGCUCGCCAAGGCACCUUCUUACCAAGACCUUCCAGGAUUUGACAAGUCCAAAAAUGGACUAUUCCCGAUUCAUGUUCACAUCGACACAAACGGAUUCAUCUUCGUCAACCUUGAAGCCGCCGACAAGCCGACUAUUGCCUGGAGUGACGAUUACAAAGAGAUCGACCGACAGGACAGAUUCAAGGCCUACAAAUUUGAGGACUACACAUUCGACCAUACCUGGGAGAUGGAGGGAGAGUACAACUGGAAGAUCUUGGCAGAUAACUACAACGAAUGUUACCACUGCCCAACGACGCACCCAGACAUUCCCACAAUUGCAGAUCUCAGCGCAUAUGGAGUCGUGACCGAGAACGGUUACAUUCAGCAUCUCGGUAGACCCACUCAAGAGCAGAUCGCCAAAGGUUUCAACGUAGCCGCCACAUAUUAUUUCCCCAACUCAUCGAUGAAUGUUUCGCCGCACUUUUUCUUCAUUCAGAGAUUUGUGCCCAAAGGUCCCCACAACUCGGUAAUGAGCUACGAAGUCUACAGAAACAAGAACUCCAGCGACGAAGACUUCCAAGUGAUCAGCGACAUAUACAAGCGAAUCAUGUCUGAGGACAAAUAUCUCUGCGCCAGCGCACAAAAGAACGUCAACGCUGGUGUUUUUGUCAACGGAGAAUUACAUCCUACGAUGGAGCAGGGCCCCUUGUUCUUCCAGAGUUCAGUGCGCGAUAUUGUGACAGCCCAUCACAAGCUGGAACGGAAGGCUGGGCGCGAGAUUUGGCCGGCUCGACAAAACUCGACAAACAAUACUCAGGUCAGCGAGAAGGACCUCGGGUUCUGCUCAACCCUAGAUUGUUCUGCCUUAAAGAACGAAGGUCUUGCUUGGUAG